UCUAACGGUUUAUCUAACAGAAACCCGUUUGCCAACAUGGAUGUUGCGGAAUCAACAUUUGCGGUGUCUCAAUGUUCAAAUUCCAAUGAAGCAAAUCGAAUUCAAUUAAAAGAUUACUUAAGAAACAUUUAUGUCCCUGAAUUUUCUGCAGAAUGGAGAGAAAAUAUAUUGAACUUGAUACCUCACGCGGAUAGACAAAAACAUUCUUCAUUUAUAAACUCAGUACUGAACGAAGUAAGAGAUAUGUACAUUGAAAAUAUGAAAGACUUUGUAUUGAAAUCCAUACUGUCUUGCAAAAUGUAUAAGAAAGAACACGUAGCUUGUGAGGAGUGCAACGUUUCCGCUGACUUGAAGCGAAACGUCGUCGAGAAAAAUAAGAUGUAUGAUCACGCAAUAUUUUUACAGCGUCGUAAUUUGUUUGCCGAGAAAUACUUUCUCUCCUAUCCGAUAAUCAGACAUAUUAUUAAUACGGCGUACCGUAUUCUACCCACGGUCAUUUGUGAUUUCAGACGUUACCAUGAAUUGGGAAUGCUGACACUGUCUUGUUUUCAAGACAUGAUCCUUAAAGACAUUAAGAAAGGUUCUUUAGUAAUCACCAAUCAAUUUUACACCAAGACGUUUAAAGCCAUACAGAGAUCGAAACUGUUAAGAGGCAUCUCUGCAAAACGCUUGUCCCAAUUAAUGCGGUGCCUCACAAACGUAUUCGUUCAGCAAAUUCUCAACGUAAUGAUGAGAUCGAUCGAUCACAUAAUAGACACGAUGAAGGACGGCUGUUUCUGUCCUCAAAUUGAAUUUCACUUGGUAUGCGAAAGCGAUCAGCUUCUAACUAAACCAGACAUAAAGGAGGUCUUCUCGACGUAUCACAAUAUUAUCCGAAAUAUUGAAGGCAUCGCGCAGGAUCUGAUGCCGUUGGAAGAAUGGUUGAACGUCAGAGCAAAGGAAAGAUACAUAAAGAUAGCGCUUCCCGACUGGUUCGUCGAGAAGUCUCAUCGUAAUUUACAGGAGAUAUUAGACGCACUGUUUCAGCCUAUGAUCGAGCACGUAGCAUUCAUCUUCGUGGAGUUUAGCGGUAUAUGCGCGUCGAGUACCAAAAAUCGAAUAUUAUCUUUGAUUUCUAAACAGCCAAAUUUUGACGUUUACUUCGAGCACAUAUGCCAGUACAACGAGUACCUGGGCAAAACAAACUCCAUGCUCUCCAAUUUGUAUUACAACGUGGGAAAAUUAAAACAGAGCAGCGCCAAGGAAUCCUUGAGGCAGAUCUGCUGCAACAUUAUAAACGUCCUCACGACAGAACUCGUGAAUUAUCAUCAAGACUUCAAUCGUUCGAUCUGUACAGACUUUGAGAAUCUGAAGUCUACGGCGCUUGACAUUCCGAAGGAUGCAAAUUCCUUGAUACAAUUAACUGAACAUAUGUCGCGAGCUUCGAAAGUACUGAUAAAGGAGCAGGAGCAGAAAGUACGAGAAUCGAUCUAUAUGCUGAGUAAAUUGUUGGAGAUUACUAUAUUAACUGACGAGCACAUCGAUUUAAACAAGACCACCAUCAAUUGGCUGCACGAUAUCCAACCGGUGUUCGCGCAGAAUAAUACGCUGUGCGAGGCUAUGAAGAGCGAGCUGGAGGAGGAUCUUCAACGAAGGAUAAAUACUUUGAACUCAGAGGUUGACGCAAUGUUCCCGCAGCUUAUCAUCCUAGACAACAUGGACGACGUGAGCAAGGUUGGUGAAUACGCGGAGCAUUAUAAGGAUUUGAUAAAGAAGUACAAACGUAUAGACGAGGAGAUGCAAGUUAUUAAUACGGAAGAAAAGCUUUUUAAGUUUCCCGAAACGGAAUUUCCAAAAAUAAUCGAACUGAAGGAAACGAUCUUGCCGUUCUACAAGCUUAUAUGCAGUAUUCAUCAAUGGCAAAGGGACAACUCCGUGUGGCUGAAUGGCCCAUUUGAAUGCCUGGACGCCUCUGUUAUCGAGAAGAAGACCAUGAAUUACUUCAACGAGAUCACGGAUAUCCACAAAACGAUGAAGUCGCGUAUUAAGAUGGACGCGACAGCAAACAAAUCAUAUAAAUUCUCCGGUAUAGCUGAUGAUCCUGACCCAAUGCAGCAACCAGCACCGCUGAAACUAUGUUGGCAAACACUUAAUAACGUUAAUGAGUUUAAAGUUUACGUGCCGCUCGCGGUUUGCAUGUGUAAUCCGGCUUUGAAUACGCGCCACUGGAAAGAGAUGUCGGCGAUAUGCAAUUUCGAUCUCACGCCGAACGCGGGAACAACUUUGAAAAAAAUGAUCAAUAUGAACCUCAUGGACAACAUUGACAAGUACAACGCGAUAAGCUUGGGCGCCAGCAAGGAGCUUUGUCUUCAGCGGGAACUGGCUAAGAUGAUCAAGGAGUGGGAGCCGAGAUCGUUCGAGAUGUCAACUGAUGCAGAAUCCGGUAUAAUAUCUUUUAAACAUCUGAAUGAUAUCGAAACACUUCUUAGCGAACAUCUCAUCAAAAUCGAGGAGAUGAGAGCGUCGCAUUUCGUGAAGCCAAUAUUGUUAGAUUUAAUUGACUUUUCAGCUGUUCUCACAAGAAUUCGAGAAAUUCUUGAUCAGUGGACGCGAGUACAAUAUCGCAAACUCCACCUAGAACCAAUAUUUUCUUAUCGAGGAAUAGAAACACGUUUAAGCCAAGAAACUUCAUUAUAUUUAGAAGCGACAAGCGUUUUGUUGGACAUUAAUAACAGAUUCGCGAAGAAUCCAAGCUUUUAUAAAAUUAAAAGAUCCUCGGACUUGCUACAGAUCUUAAAUGAAGCUAAUGAGAAAUUGGAGAAAGCGAUCAGAGGAGUAAAGGAUUACUUAGAUAUCAAAAGACUGGCAUUCACAAGAUUGUUCUUCCUCGAAGAUUCAGAAGUACAGAAAAUAUUGUUCGAAUCGAUUAAUACGGGGAAAUCGUGCACGCUUGUGAAAAAAUGUUUCGAUGGUAUAGAACGAUUAAAAUUUAAUAGAUCUAAUUGCAUUCGAGGCAUCAUUGGGCAUUACGGGGAAAUUUUAUAUUUAAAUAGUAGCAUUUCCUUAUCCACUGACACUAAGUACGAAGAGCAAUGGUUAAUUCAGCUUGAAGAAGAAAUGAAAGACGCAGUUCACCAAAGUAUUCUGCAACAUCAUUCAUUGAUCAAUGAAAAUUUGACACUUAUUCCCGUUGACAAUUUUCCAAGCAUGGCGAUUAUUUGUAGUUUGCAACUUUAUUGGACUCACUCGGUCGAAAAAUGUCUUACGCCGUUAAAUAUUACAAGGUUGAAUCCUUUACUCACGGCAUACACCGACGCUAUAACUUCGAUAAUUGACGAAUUAAAAAAUGAUCUAACGCGAAGGCGUAGGAGUCUGUUAAUGUCAUUGAUCAUUGUCAUGUCGACUCAUAAAGAAAUCAUAAGAUUGCUACUAGAAAAAAAUGCAGUUAAACACACAGACUUUGAAUGGGUCGCGCAAUUAAGAUAUUACUGUAACAAUAAAAAUAUUGAAGUAUCGGUGUUCAAUACAACAAUUAUAUACGGAUACGAAUACAACUGUUAUCAGCAGAAUAUUGUUAACACUCCCUUAACUGAUAGAUGCUUUCGUACUAUACUGCAAGCUUAUCAUUAUCAUUUCUACAGCGGUAUUGUAGGUCCAACAAGUACCGGGAAAACGGAAACAAUCAAAAACCUGACGAGAGCUAUCGCGAAGCUAUCUUAUGUCAUUAAUUGCAGCGAUAGCAUCUCUUAUGAUUGCGUGGUACGGACAUUUAAAGGAGUGAUCUCUUCCGGUGCGUGGAUUUGCUUUGAAAACUUCAACAGAUUGAAACUAGGAUUGUUGUCGACCAUUGCUCAAAAUCUUACGCAGAUAAAGCAAGCGGUGUCGUCCAAUUUGAAAAUCAUAAGCUUCGAAGGUUGCAAAUUGAGCUUGAAUGUCUCCGGAAACGUAUGCGCUAACAUUAAUUCGGAGCAAUCCGGAUACUCUGAUCUACCGGAUAACUUGAAGGCCCUCUUUCGUCCCGUGUCAAUGAUGGUGCCGGAUAUUGACAAAAUUGCUGAAAUCGAACUCUUCGCUGGAGGAUUUGUUCACGCGAAAAAUCUCGCGGCGAGGCUAGCUGUCAGUUAUAAAUUAUUAUCCGAACAUCUGAGAGGGAAGCGUCAUUACGAUUUUAGUACGUCGUCACUGAAAACUGUCGUUGCGACUGCAGUUAACCUGAAGCGAAAUAUCCCAGAUAAAAGCGAGUACACUCUGCUGCUGCGUUCAAUGAUACAUAUAAAUAUCCCGCAGCUAUGUAAUCCCGAUGUACCGAUCUUCCAGAGUAUUAUGAAAGAUUUGUUUCCGGAAUCCAUCGUGCUUCCUUUCGAUUGCUCAGCGAUUCUGAACGCUCUGGAAAGAGUGUGCGCAAAGAGACUCCUAACGUUGCAUACAGUCUUCAAACUGAAAGCCAUACAGAUCAUUGAACUGAUGUACGUUCGUCGUGGCCUUAUACUCGUUAGCAACCCUUUCGGUGGAAAGACGGAAAUUUUACAUACACUUGCCGAAACGUUAUCGUUAUUGCAUGAUGAAAAAAGUAAAAUUGGCGCCACAGUGAAACUCGAAACAGUCAUGCCAGGAGUGGUGGAUAGCGACGCGCUUUUUGGAUAUUUGUGCGAUAAGUCUGGAGUUUGGAAAGACGGUUUGUGCACCACUAUAUUUCGACGCUUUGCAGAAGAUACUUUGACAGACCGCAAAUGGUUGGUGUUCGAUGGUGACUUAAGCGGCACGUGGAUCGAAAACUUGUAUACAAUUCUCGACGACAACAAAAUGCUGUAUUUGACGUCUGGAGAACGAUUUCCCACACCAGAAUCAAUGUCUAUCGUCUUUGAAACAAUUAGCACGACAGAAAUUUCACCCAGCAUAAUAUCGCGAUGCGGAAUAGUCUACAUUGAUACAAACUCUGUCGGUUGGAGACCUUACGUACUGUCUCACAUCGCCAAACCAUUUUACGAUGGAUAUAGCAAAAUACUGCAUACUCUGUUUGAUUGGGCGAUAGAUCCGUGUCUUAAAUAUUUAAGGGAAAAUGGCGAUAUACCGAUAGGUCAGGAAUUACAUCUUAUUAUGUCUACUUUAAAUUUAUUUGAAAUUUUAUUAAGAGACGCCUGUGAAGGUGCCAAGGACGAUGUGGACAAUCACUUUGUUACAUGGGCGCAGGCUACUUUAAUCUUAUCUACUGUUUGGGGGCUGGGCGGAAACUUGAUCGAGGAUUCGCAAACUCGAUUCAACGCUUUCUGCGCAUCACUCUGGAAUGGCGCGGAAAAAGAAUAUCCAAAACCCGUCACAAUUAAACAUUUCGACGUGGCAUUACCUAACGAGGGUUUAAUCCAAGACAACUUUUAUAUCUUUAAAGGUAACGGAAACUGGAAGUACUGGGGCGAACUGUUAAAAAAUGAAAAAAUCCCUGAAAUAUGUAACUUCAAUCAAAUUUUCAUUCCAACUAUCAAUAGUAUGAAGUACAAUCAUAUUUUUUUGAAGCAUAUUAAAUAUCGGAAGUCCUUCCUCUUGUAUGGCGAUGUUGCUGUUGGAAAGACGAGUAUCAUGAACAAUCUCUUAAGAAACAAAUUGCCAGAAAAUUGCGUCUCCAACUUCUUUAGUUUUACUUCGAUGAUUACGACAGCCAGAACGCAAAGGUUAUUGCUCUCCAAGUUAAAUAAAAUACGACGCACCGCCUAUGGGCCAGGAAGAAAUCAAUUUUGUGUAAACUUCGUGGACGACGUGAAUAAAACCAUCGCGCACAAACCAGAGGCACAGUCAGUAUUUGAUCUUUUACGUCAACUACUUAGUUACGAUUACUGCUAUGACACAAAUGAAUUAAACAAAGUACUCGUGCAGGACAUUAUGUUCACGCUCGCGGUUACUACAGGAAGGACCGACGGACAGAAGGACAUACCUUCUAGACUUUUGAGACACUUCAACACCUACACGAUUCCCGCUCCUACAACGGAUAACAUAUUCAGAACGUAUUUUAACGUGCUACUUGCUAAUUUAAAGAAGAAUCUGUUUGCGGCGGAUGUCACGGGAAGCGUGACCAGCAUAGUGAACGCGACAAUUGACGUUUACAAGUCCGUAAUAAAGACAUUGCGUCCUAUGCCCAGUAAACUGUACUAUUAUUUCGAUAUGAGAGAUAUAUCCAAGGUGAUCAAUGGUUGCAGUCUGAUCCAGAAGGAAUCGGUGGAGACAAAGAUAACAUUCAUUCGGCUAUGGGUGCACGAGAUCUUACGUGUGUUCAGCGAUCGCAUGCUAGACGAAGAUGACAAGGAAUGGCUUUUUCUAAAAAUCCGCGACGCGGUAAAGAGCAACUUUAAAGACUCUUUCGAGAUCGCUUUUGAUUACUUGCCUAAAUUCGAAAAUCAGAUUACUAAAGACAGCUUCAACAAUCUGAUGUUUGGGAAUUUCAUGGAUACAGAGAAGAGCGGCAAAUGUAGGCGGUACGAGGAAAUCGGCACUAUGGAAGCCCUGAGGAAUAAGGUCCUUGCUUACUUAGACGAAUACAACACUAGCUUUAAGAAGAAAAUCAACGUCGUCGUAUGUCGUUACAUGUUGGAAUCUUUGAUCAAAGUAUCGAGAAUUCUGAGCACUCCGGGAGAAAACGUGUUAAUGAUAUCUACUGCGGGUUCCGGUAGAAGGACCACAACCGCUCUUGCUGCCUUUAUGCAGCAGCAAACCUUGUUUGAAACCACUAUCGAGUCCUAUUACGACAUGGACGCGUGGAAAGAUGAAUUGAGAAAAGUUCUACGGGAAUGCGGAACGUUGCGAAAAGAUGUUACAUACUUUAUGAGCGAAAGACAGAUGAAGGAAGCGUUCUUAAGUGACAUUAGCUGUCUGUUAAGUACUGGAGAGCUACCUGACUUGUUCUCUAACGAAGACAGACAGAAUAUAAUUGAGAUGACGCGGCUGCAUGCCCAGAGUGGUGAUCCAAACGCGGAACUCAGCGCGCGUUCGGUGAUGUCCUAUUUCGUAGAUCAAUGCAAGAACAGGUUACAUUUUGUGCUCUGUUUCAGUCCUACUAGUGCCGCGUUCAGAACAUAUUUAUGCUCGCAUCCUAACUUAGCGAAACACUGCACGGUAAAUUACUAUCAGGUUUGGCCCGAUCAGGCGCUUUUAGAAAUCGCCGUGAAGCAUAUGAAGGACGUUAACGUGCAAGAAGAAGUUAAAACUGAUGCAGCGAGAGUUUGUGUGCAAUUUCAUAACAAUGCAAAGGAAAUGAGUUUGAAGUAUCGCGAAAUGUUCGGUAGAACCAUUCAUGUGACGACGUCGGCCUUUUUGCACAUGCUCAAGCUGUAUACGCAACUAAUAUCGAAGAAACAGGAAGAAAUCAUCGCGACGCGAAACAGAUACAUAGCAGGAUUGGAAAAGUUAGAAUUAGCGGCCGAGCAAGUCGAGCAGAUGAAGACCACUCUGACGAUCUUGAAACCUCAAUUAGAACUGUCCGCUCAACAAACCGUGAUCACUAUGAAAGAAGUGGAGAAUGAAAAUAUUACCGUGGAGCGAGCUACGGUCCUCGUGAAGCGGGAAGAGGAAAUUGCGAAUAAGAAGGCGGAGAUCGCAGGUACUCUAAAAAUUGAAUGCGAGGCUGACCUUGCCGUUGCAAUACCGAUCCUGGAAGACGCGGUAAUUGCGCUGAAUACGUUGAAGCCGACCGAUAUUACAUUGGUGAAAGCGAUGAAAAAUCCUCCCGAUACCAUCAAGCUUGUGAUGGCUGCCGUUUGCGUGAUGCUAGGCGUCCCUCCAGAUCGCAGUAUCGAUCCGGUCACAGGGAAGAAAUUUACGGACUAUUGGGGCCCGAGCAAACGCAUUCUGGGUGACAUGAACUUUCUGCAGAACCUGAAGGACUACGACAAAGAUAACAUAGCACCCGCGGUGAUGCAGAUCAUCAAAAAGACAUAUAUGACGGAUAACAGUUUCAUGCCUCAUAUAGUGGCGAAGGCAUCAAGCGCCGCCGAGGGUCUUUGCAAAUGGGUUCGCGCCAUGGUGUCUUACGACGAGGUGGCAAAGGUGGUCGCGCCCAAGAAGAAGAAACUGGCGGAGGCACAAACAGAGUGUGACGAGGCCGAGGCGUUUUUGAACGAGAAACGACAGACUUUGGCUGCUUUGAACGCGAAACUAGCUGCUCUGAACGAUAGUCUGCGGCAAACACUGCAGAAGAAACUGAAUCUAGAGAUGGAAGUGGCGACGUGCACCGCCAAACUGGUCAAGGCAGAGAAGCUGAUCGCCAGUCUAGGAGGCGAGAAGAGCCACUGGAUGCAGUGCGCUCGUAAUCUUCAAAUAAAUUACGACAGUCUUGUAGGCGACAUGCUACUCUCGUGCGGAAUAGUGGCCUAUAUGGCGUCUUACAAUACUUCCUUUCGUAAUGAAAUGUUGAUCAAGUGGAAAGAAUUUAUGGAGACUUCUAAAUUAUUGUACACUAAAACAUACGACUUUGUAAAUGUUCUCGGUGUGGAAAUCGAAAUUAAUCAUUGGCAACUCUGCGGCUUAUCAAAAAAUCGCUUCGCGACGGAGAACGCCAUCAUUUUGAAUAAUUCGAAACAAUGGUGCCUUUUCAUUGACUCGCAGAAUCAAAUAAAUCAAUGGAUCAAGAGAAUGGAACAGAAAAAUGACUUAAAAAUCGUUAAAUUAACAGAUUUCGAUUAUAUGACAGUCAUCGAACAAAACAUCGAAACUGGUAUUCCAGUUCUGCUAGAAGAUGUGGGAGAAAGGCUUGAAAUUGCACUGGAACCAAUUCUAUUGAAGAAUAUUUAUAAAGAUGAAGACUGGUACAUUGAUAUCAGAACUAAAUCUGUUAGAUAUUCGCAAAAUUUUCGAUUUUACAUCACCACAAGAUUGUCAAACCCAAAUUAUACGGUCGAUGUUUUUGAGAAACUUACAAUAAUCGACUUCUCGAUGCCAGAUGGAACUCUUCGGGAUAAGCUUUUAGAUAUCGUCGUCUCAAAAGAGAAACCAGAGUUACAAGAGAAAUUCGAGGCGCUCCGCAUUCAAGAUGCCGCUAACAAAAAAGUUCUUCAACAGCAAGAAGAUAACAUCUUGAGCACUCUUUCAUCGACCACCAUGAAUAUCCUGGAGGAUGAGAAGGCAAUACGGAUUUUAGAUUCUUCCAAGAAUCUUACCGUGGACAUCAUGAAGAAGCAAGAAGCAGCCAGAGCGAUGACAGAGAACAUUAAUAAAUUCAGAAACGCAUACCUGCAGUUCGCUGAUCAUUGCGCAGGUCUAUUUUGCACGCUAACCACUCUAUCCAAUUUGAAUCACAUGUACCGAUUUUCGUUUUGCUGGUUCAUUCAGUUGUACAUUACCUCGAUCGAUACCUCAAACAGGAGCAUUGUUCUUGAAAAACGAUUGCAAUUCCUCAAGUCUUCGUUUACGAGAAACCUUCAUUCCAGCGUCUGCAGGUCGCUCUUUGAAAAGCACAAGCUUUUAUAUUCCUUUCUGUUGUGCGUAAAAAUUUUGAUAGACGCUGGGCAGACUACGCAGGAAGAAGUAAAAUUUUUCGUCUCUUCGGACUCGGAGGAUUGUGAUGCGGUGCUGGAGCCAGCGCCGGAUUGGUUGCCGAUAGACAAAUGGAGACAAAUUUGCAGAUUGAGUAGCAUGAUACCCAAUUUACACGAACUCGCAAAUGACUUUUGUGCCAAUAGCGCAGCUUGGAAAAAAUUUUGCAACGCGAUACCGUUCCAAAGCCAUCUGAUACCGAGUUCGUGGGCCGACAAUUUGACUCGAUUUCAGAAACUAAUGCUCAUCAAAAUUAUAAGAUACGACAAGAUCAUCGUGGAAAUAAUGCAGCUGAUAGAGGAUACCAUGGAGAACGUAUUCAAUUCCUACCCUCAUCUUCAGAUAUCCGAAUCUUACGCAGAAUCCAGCUGUCUCACGCCAAUUAUAUUUAUUUUGCCGAGUUACAUCUCGCCUCUGUCGCUUGUCUCUACGUAUGCGAGCGCGAGAGGAUACACCUCGAAGUUCGUCUCUCUGUCUAUGGGUGAUGGACAGCAGACCAACGCCGAGAAUCUCAUCGAGUGGGCACGAAGAGAAGGAGGAUGGAUAUUUUUGCAAAAUUGCCAUCACACCGUAUCGUGGAUACCGCGACUCGAGCGAAUCUACGAGAACCUGAGCCUGUCCGGUACAUCCUUGGAUUUUCGACUGUGGCUUUCCAGCUAUUCCACUCCGGACUUCCCGAUCAGCAUCUUGCAAAACAGCGUGAAGAUCGCGUACGACUAUCCGCUUCGGCUGAAACAGAGCUUACUCAGAGCGUACCGAUCGGAACCCAUAAGAAGCCAAGAGUUUUUCGAGGGAUGUCCCGGGAAAGACAAGGAGUUCUCCAAACUCCUGUACGGACUCUGCUUCUUCCACGGAAUCGUCAGAGAGAGAAGGCACUUUGGGCCGCAAGGCUGGAACGUUCCGUACGAUUUCGGUCACGUGGACUUCGAAAUAUCCAUUCGACAACUGCAGAGUUUAAUCAAUGAAAUCGAAGAUGUACCGUUCGACACGCUGCUUUAUCUGAUCGGGGAUUGUAAUUACGGUGGGAAAAUUACGGAUCGCCUUGAUCAAAGAUGCCUGCGACACCUGCUAGACUUCUUCUGCGACACCCGCGUGAUCAAGAAUGCUGAAUAUUCAUUUUCUAACUGCGAGGAGCAUUCAGUACCGCAAAGAUGCGAGUACCGCGAUAUUAUCAUGCACAUUAGCAGUAUGCAACUAGAUGCAUCGGCAGAAGCUUUUGCUUGCGAUGAAAAUGCUCUUAUCAUAAAAGACACAGCCGUCGCUAGAGAAUUUUUAGAAUCGAUAUCUCGUCUAGACGAAAUCAGGUCAUCGGAUCGUGAAGCUACGCAGGAUCGGACACUGCAAGCAAUUGAUGACAUUAGCACUAGAUUACCCGCGUUAUUUAACAUCAACGAAAUACAAGAUAAAUAUCCUAACGAUCCACUGAACGCGAUUCUCAUCCACGAGGCUGAAUUGAUCAACAAGAUUUUGUCAGUGAUCGCAAACUCCUUGAACAAUUUAAAAUCAGCGUUAAACGGUGAGGUAAUUUUAACAGAAUCUUUGGAAGAUCUGUCGAAAGAAAUAUGCAAUAAUGAAGUCCCGUGCGUCUGGAGACUGAUCGAUGUUGGCAUUUCAACCGAACGUCUAUCGAGUUACAUCGAUCUACUCCUGAAGCGCGUAAACUUUGUGCGAUGUUGGCGUGACAAUGAUCUCCCUCGCGUGAUUCACUUGGACGCGCUGUCUUGCUGCAAGAGAUUUCUAUCCGCAGCUCUCCUCGCGUUUUCGCGACGUCAUAGCGUAUCCGUCGAACAAGUCACAUUAAAUUUUGAAGUGACAAACGGCAAUUUUACGUACAGCAAGGAAGAUAAGGAUACUUACUACAUUUACGAUUUACAUUUAUCUGGCGCCCGAUGGGACACGCAGAGACGUGUGCUAACGGAAAGCGUAAUCAACGUAUUUUGGUACGACAUGCCACCGAUACGUCUUACAUUUGGAAGAGAAGAGAGAAUUAUUGAUAAUGUAUACGAGUGCCCUGUAUACAUUUCACCGACACAACGCAACGGAGAGGAUACUGAGGAUGCGAGUAUGAAGAUGAAGAAUUAUGUUACGAGCGUGCCCUUGGAAACUGAUAAGUCGCGUGUAUAUUGGAUAAAACGUGGCACAGCAUUAUUCUGCCAAAUUGAGAAAUAAUUUACAAUUUCUUGCAAGAUGCAGAAAUUUAGAAGAGGAGAAUAUAAGUACUGCUUAGAGAAAAAUAUAAAAGGCAUUGCGUAUAUUUUGCGGAAAAGAAAAAGAUUAUAUAAGGACAUUAUUUAGGAAACUGUCAUAGAAUGAAUUGAUUUGAAAGUUUAGGUAGUGACAAGAGAAAGGAAUAAAAAGUAAAUUAAAAGAUGAAUAUCUAGUUGUAGAGAAGAAAAAGAUUAAGGAAAUAAAAAAAGAAGAAGAUUGGAGCGUGUGAAUGUGCAAAGGAAUAUAAAAAAUGUCAUAUAUAAUAAAUGUAAUAAAAGCGCGGAUUGCAAAUUGUAUAAUUAGAAUAAAGAUAAAAAGCUCUAUUUAGAAGUCCACUUUGUGGUAGUAGAUAUAGGCUUUAGGUAGAAAUUAUGAAUGUGUAAGUUAAGGAUCAGAUGUAAACCAAGUCCCUCUUUAGCUAAAUUUUGUAGAUAAAAUAAUAAAUUAUCUAAUUUAUAAUUGCUUGCGCUCAGUUAUUUCUUACAAAUAAACAAUAAUAUUUGAAUA